GCCGCUAGAUUAAGAUUCGUAGCAGAGGCAGGCAGACACAGACAGACAUCAUCCAGUGUUGACAGUGCUGUGCAAUUCAACAGGGAAGGGGAAGAAGGGAGGGAGCAGCCGGAUCGCAAGGGCCAUGGCCGCCGCUAGGAUCGCCGCCUCCUCCCGCGCCGCCGGAGACGCUGGACGUGGUGCGCCGGCAGCGCCAGCUCCUGCGCCGCGCUCUGCCUCGACCCCAUCGCCGAGGAGACCGACGGCGGCGUCGACACUACUGACGUCCCCUCCCCUCCCCUCCCCUCCUUGGGCCCGCGGAUCGAGUCACCUCCGCACUGCCUCAACUGAUGAACCCCUCAAGUCAAGAUCAAGACCUUUAGACGUUUAAUUAAGUACGAGAUCUAUAUAUCUUGUUGAAUGUACGUACACUAGUAGUAGUAUCUCGGAAAAAUAGCUAAGCUAGCUAGCUGAAAACGACGACAACCUCCUUUUGGUACAACAAGAUGCAAAGGAAGAGUUUGCCUCUUUGUAAACUCUUCUAUUACUACAAGUAUUAUAACUAUUGGUCUUGUUCAUCAUCUUGUAAGUGUUCAUCAUUACCAAGCUACUCUACUACUACUACUACUACAGUACGUAGUAUAGGCAUGUUCAGUUAAUUGGCUCCUUCUGUAGUGUACGCAUGUUCAGUUAAUUGCCUUUCUUCUUCCACCAGACGAGACUCUCGCUACCCGUAAAACACUCGUCAGAGUCAGAGAUGGAGAUGAGGAUGCCGUUCCGUUUUUACAGCGUCGAAGGCGGGUUAGCCGCUUUCCGUGGCCGUGCCGUCCUGUUCGUCUCGCUUCGCUUCGCUCGUCCCAGUCCCAGCCCCAGCCCCGAAUCCAACCAACUGUUGCUCCGACCUCGGCUCCGAUCUCCUCCUCAUCAUCAGUCUCCCCAAUCAGGGAAUCCCCAGCUCAAACUCAACUUCUAACCCCGCCCAAAACCCUACACCGGAGGGGACGGAUGGUCAAGAAGGCCUCCGCCGCCGCGCCCCCAGACGCUGAGGCCGACGAGCGCCGCCGCCUCCGCUCGCUCGCCUUCUCCAACGGCCUGCUCCAGCGAGGCGACCCGGCGGCGCCGCGGGCGCCGCUCGCGCCGUCGCCCGCCGUCACGCGCCUGCAGGGCCGCGACGUCGUGCGCCGGGGCGGCCAGCGGAAGAGCCGCUACCUCUUCUCCUUCCCUGGCCUCCUCGCGCCAGCAGCCUCGGGCGGCCGGGUCGGGGAGCUCGCCGACCUCGGGACCAAGAACCCCGUGCUCUACCUCGAGUUCCCCCAGGGAAGGAUGAAGCUCUUCGGGACGCACGUUUACCCCAAGAACAAGUACCUCACGCUGCAGAUGACCAGGUCGGCCAAGGGCGUCGUCUGUGAGGACGUCUUCGAGAGCCUGAUUGUGUUUUCUGAAGCCUGGUGGGUUGGAACGAAGGAAGAUAACCCAGAAGAACUCAAGCUUGAGUUUCCCAAAGAAUUCCAAAAUGAUGGCACAGCGGCAGAUUGUGAUUUCAAAGGUGGUGCAGGUGGUACCAUCGAUGAAGCAACUGGAAGUAAAGCUGGAAAGGAAAUUGCAGAACCUCAUUCCCCGAAGUUUGCAUCCGAUGAUGAUGAUGCUUCUGAGGAUUCAGAUCAUAAGGAUGUGAAUAACACACAAACUAUGAGUGGAACGCCAGUUAGACAGUCUGCUAGGAAUGCAGGGAAAAUGUUGAAAAGGUACACAGACUUAUCUUCUGGAGGUGAUUCGUCUGACAAUGAUAAUGAAACUGCUGAGGUGCCUGAGGACUUGGAUGAUAAGGAGAUGGUGAGUCCAGAAAUUAAGGAUGAGAGUGAAAGCGAAGACGUCAAACCUGCAGAUUCUUCAACAGUAGCCCUUUCUAGCAAGGAGCCUCUUGUUCAGGCUACUUUGUCUAGCAUGUUUAAAAAGGCAGAAGAAAAAAAGAGAUCUACAAGGAGUCCUAAAGGGUCCCCUGCAACCAAAGGUGCUGCUGCUAAGAAACAGCGAGCAAGUCUAAUGGCAAAACAGUCAGCAGGGGUCAAGAAGGGUAGGUUCACUGUUGUGACAUGCAUCUUCUGUAGUGGACAUCUUCUGACAUUAGUGGUGCUAGCAUUUGGUCUAGCGGAACUCGGGGAAAGAAAAAACCAAAGGUGGAAGAAGAUGAAAUCGAAGAGCUCUCAAGUUCCUCUCAGGAUAAUGGCACAGAUGAUGAUGACGACGACGAUGAUGAUAGUGACGAGGACUGGGCCGAGUAAUGCCCUUGUAGUUGUAUCGGAUCUUGUGCAUGGGUACAGAAGGAUGGGUUGGCCAAGCAUGCAUAAUUGAUGUAUAAUUGGUGUGCGGUUGAACAGAACGAUGGAUUGAGAGGAUGGCACAGAAGCUGCUGUUUUCAUCGACUGAUUGGUUGGACAUGUCUGACGACUGUGGAAACCCUGAUCUAUCGUCAAGCUGAGUUUAUGAAACGUUGAUUACACUAGUUAGUCAGAAGUGGAGUGUAUUUUUCUUUAUCUGGCUUGUUUGUAGUAGGACACACACACACACACACACGGCCAAUUCGAGGUGGCGAUGGGGUUGCACACAUGAACUAGUCAUUCUCAUUCAUCUGUCUGUGUCUUGUCCUUUGUGUGGAUGAUGGAUUCAGUGGCAAGAACACCUCAGUUUCUGAUGGUCAUUCCUCCAGGGGCAAGAACACUAUGUGUUUCACUGAUCCUUUAAAUCCUUUUAUUGAUAUAGUCCUUUUUUUUCUUCCGCGAAAAAACAUUCUGACGGUUCAGUAUUGCAGAGAGCAAUUCUUUUGAGCUGUAAAUGUACUGUUAGAACUGAGAUACUUGAGUUAAUACAAGAGAGAUUAUUUUUUUUAA